CCAGAUCCGCAGCGAACAUUUUUCAGAUCACCAAAGCGUCGCAAACGGACCCGGAGCGCCGGGAAAGCACGGAGAGCAGCCGUAAAACCCAGGGGGCCGUGGACGGCAGCAGGAUGACUGUCCAAGAAUUCAACACCCUCGUUGCGCUGUACCGGGAGCAGGUCAUAUCAGUCGGUGAGAUAUCAGCCGACUGCCCGUCUCUCCGGGCUCAGAUGCACCACACACGGACCAAAGGAUGCUCCAUGGCCCGGGCUGCACACCAAGACCUCGCCGUCAUAUCUGGUUCAGGUCCAGAGGAUGGCGAGAUCCACCCUGAGAUUUGUAGGCUGUUCAUCCAGCUGCAGUGCUGCCUGGAGAUGUUCAUAACAGAGAUGCUCAAAUCCAUGUGCCUGUUGGGGGUGCUGCAGCUUCACAGGAAAGGAAAGGAGUCAUACCCGGAGCCAAAACUGGACUUCAAGGUGGACGAGAGCUCUGAUGUGCCUAUCCUGGAAGACCAGUCCUCUUCUCCCAUAGACUGUCAUCAGGAGCCGUGGCUGGUUGGCACUGAUAUUGAAAACAUAGAGAGAGACAUGCGUGAGAUGCGAAACCUACUCAGCAAACUCAGGGAUACUAUGCCUUUGCCACUGAAAAACCAAGAUGACAGCAGUUUACUGAAUUUGACUCCGUACCCGCUGGUCAGGCAGAGGAAGAGGCGUUUCUCCGGCCUCUGCUGCAUGGUCUCUGCAAAUUCUUAUUUUUUUAAAUCUUUGUCCAUGGCUCACACCAGUUGCCUCUCCCUGCUGCUGCUGCUGCUGCAGACUCUGGGCUGGGUUACAGUCAGCCUGGCUUGUUUCUGUGAGCGCUACCCCUGGGGCUCAUGGUCUGCCUGCUCCAGGACCUGUAAUUACGGCACACAGCACAGAAGCAGGAAUAUAAAGUAUGAUGAAUAUUACUGGAAGAGCAGCUGUGCUCAGUUGUGCAAGAGAUAUGAUAGCAGAUCCUGUAACGAGCAGGCCUGUCCAAUCAACUGCCUACUGACAGACUUUGGGCCCUGGUCCGACUGCUCUCCAUGUGCCAAGAAACAGUUCCGAACGCGGUUUGUCCAGACGCCGGCCCAGUUUGGAGGAGCAGCCUGCAGCGUGGAGCUGACAGAGGACAGGCCUUGCUACCCCUCAGCCGAGUGCAAGCUGCCACCAAUCGACUGCAAAGAAAACUUUAAGUGUGAUAAUGGACGUUGCAUCAACUCAACACUGACAUGCAACACUCAGGAUGACUGUGGGGACAACUCUGAUGAGAGGGACUGUGACGACUUCACAAAAGUGUGUCCAACUGACAGGAGAGUGCCGCCUGGGGUUGACCUGGUUGGAAAUGGGUUUGAUGCGCUGGCGGAGGAGCCGAGGGCAGCGGUGCUGGACAACAUGUUCAUGGGAGGCGCCUGCAUCAUCAGGAGGCCCAAGAAGAGCCUACUCUACCACCGAGUCCCUCACAAUUUUGAGAGCUUUGAAAUUAAGGUGGGAUUACCGGAUGACUUCAAAGACGAACCUCAGCCAGUGAAGACUGAGACCGUCAACUUCAAGACAUCUGCGUCCUCUGACAGCGGCCACUCAUCAGGCAACCGGUUUGGCAUCAUACUUUGGCCCAUCAUCCCUUUCUUCUUCUUCGGAGGGAGACACAGCUCGUCUUUCAGGACUUACAAGCAGGUUUUUGACGCUUCAAAGACCACGGACUCCAAGUUCUUCCGGGUGCACCAGGUUCUGCCAGUGUCCAAGUUUAAGGUGAGGGACGCAGGCGAUCUCGUCCUGUCGGGGCAUUUUCUUCAGUUUCUCCACGCUCUUCCGCUGGACUACAACUACGCCCUCUACAGGGAUAUCUUCCAGCGCUUCGGGACGCACUAUUACAGCUCAGGAACGCUAGGAGGCCACUACGACCUGCUGUACCAGUACAGCCGAGAGGAGAUUCGAAGUUCAGGUGAAACCGAGGAGCACAUCACAGGGUGUCUGGGGCGUGAAACCAGCUGGAGCAUCUUGCUCUACACCGAACACUCCAGUGUCACCAGAUGCUCUGACAACAGGAUGACUCAAAAGUUUCAAGGCUCGUACAUCCAGGCGUCAGAGAAGUCGAUCUCCAUGGUGAAAGGAGGUCGUGCCAGGGAGUCGGCAGCUCUGGCCUGGGACAGGCAAGGCGCGACUCCUGACCAAACAUCAUACAAGAACUGGGCCAAGUCUGUCAUCGAUAACCCUGCUGUGGUGGACGUUGAGCUGCUGCCCAUCAUCAGUCUGGUCAAGGGGAUCCCCUGCGCCGUCACAAAGAGGAGACACUUGAAGAAAGCGCUGAUGCAGUAUCUGGAAGAGUUUGACUCCUGCAAGUGUGCUCCCUGCCCCAACAACGCCAAGCCGGUUCUCUCCGGCACCGAGUGCAAGUGCGUCUGCCAGACCGGCACCUACGGCUCCAACUGUGAGAUCCGCGCUCCAGACUACACUGCAGAGGAGGUGGAUGGUCUCUGGAGCUGCUGGGGGGCGUGGAGCAACUGCGGAGGCACCAUGAAGAGACAUCGCAAGAGGCGGUGUGACAACCCUGCUCCCCUGAGGGGGGGCAAACCCUGCGAGGGUCCGGCCAGAGAGGAGGAGCCGUGCCACAUUUCCAUCUUCCAAAAACAAGAUACAUGUGAUAACGAUGACGACUUCACGGUGGGUUGGAGAGACGAGCUGCCCCCCGGGGUGCAGGGCUGCCUGAGACCCCAGAGACCAGCCAACAGCUACCUCAGGAAAGCCAAGCUCUACUACGACUUUGGUGAGGAUGAGGACUUCCAGUGCUUCACAGGCUUUGAGCUGGAAGGUUUCCAGUUCAUUAACUGUCUUCCUGACGGGACCUGGAGUCAGCCGCAAGGAAGCUGUGUCAGGAAGUUUUGCCUCCCUCCUGAGCUGCCUGAUGGGAUGACACUGUUCCCGACCAAAAGGGAGUACCGAGUGGGCGUGUCAGUGGGCAUCAACUGUAACGAGCCGGGCCUGAUGCCGCUGCCUCGGGGCUUCUACACCUGCAGCAGCAGCCUCACCUGGGAGCCUCCGUUACCUGCCGACCUGCGCUGCACUAAUGAACAACCUUUUGUUCCUGAGACCCGCUGCGGUCCUGGACAAAAACUGCAGGACUCUGAAUGUGUCUGUAUGGAGCGUGAGAGCUGCCUCUCGUAUAAAGAGGCGCUCUGCGUUCUAAAUGUGGACCUCGAGGUUGCCGUGUCAAUGUCCCUCUGUUCCUACCACGCGGGCCGUUGCCAUGGCGACCCACUCUUCUUCAUCAGUGACGGGGUGUGUGAUGAGGUGGAUGCAGCCAAAUUGGAGUGGGCCAAGUUUAGAGCCAGCAUGGCCUCGAAAAGCUUCUCCCAGGUGCCGUGCGAUCUCGACACCUGUUACGACUGGGAGACCUGCUCUGCAUCCACACAGUGUGAGUGUAAAGCUGCCCGUGAGUGUCCCAGAGGCGAGGAGCACAUGUUCUGCAUGAAGCUGACCAGGAGCCAGAGGACUCGCAGCAUGAACGUUUGCUCCAUGGCUGCCCUGAAAUGCAUCAACUAUGACUUUGAGAUUCUCAGCGAAGGCGUCUGUGAGUCCAGAUGAGCCUGCUGCAGCGCCUCGGUCUUGUUACAUGAGCUUGUCUGUUUUUUUUUUUUUUUCCUGCAUUCAUUUCACAGUGCUGUGCCUGGAUGGCUUUUAUAAAGAAGUAUAAAAAGACUGAUGUUUUUUUUUUUUUCUUUUUGCACUGCAGUCUGCACUAGACUCAUAACUGUGUCUAAAACAGCUACAGCUAUAGAGCUCAUUCUCAAAUGACCACUACACUACACAGCACACUAUAUACAUUUACAGAGGAAACACUGCAAUUGUCUUAUGACAUUAGCACAGCUUGCACUUUGUUGUUCCAUAAAGAGGAGAUAGUAGAGUUAGCAGAGUCACCUUUACAUAUUUUACAAGCAGUGGUGGAAGGAGUACUGUAAAUUGCCACUCAAGUUGAAGUACUUUUACUUGGUUGAUAUUUUACUUAUGUAGAAGUAGAUGUACUGCAGUGAAAAUCUGACGUAAAAGUAAAAUCACACUGUGAAAGGUUCCACAA